CAUUGUUCUGCUCUCUUUUUCCUUGUUCUCGAAAUACUUCUGUCGAAGGACAAAUUCUGUCUCCGUCUCCAUUGCCGUUAUGGUGUAUAGAGCAAGUACCCUGCGAGGGUUGGCCAUCGCACAGAUGGUAUUUGGGGCUAUAAUGAUCGUGUUCGGAGUAGCGUGUAUUUUCUCCGCUGAAUACUGGAGUUCGUACGUUGCUUUUGGCGUUUGGGUUGGCCUUUGGGUUUUAAUCACUGGAAUACUGGGGUACAUUGGAGCAAGAGAUGACUCAAUCCCAAACAAGUGUUUGAUUGGGUGUUUUAUGGGUUUCUCUAUUACGGCUUGUGUCAUCUCAGGAGUGAUGUUCAUCUGUUAUUGUGUUACUCUUGCAAACUACUCCAAAAUGAAGGCAUACUGUGAGAAUCAGUAUCGAUACUCAGAUGACUAUAACAGUGGGUUCACACGUUACUACGACUGUUACGGGAGGUAUGACUUUAAAAGAAAAACAGCAGCAAACGUGGCUGGUCUAGGCUCUUGCUUGCUUAUUUUCUCCUUGGUUGAGUUCUUCUUGGCCCUGGCAUCAUCUGUCUACUGUUGCACGGCAGUGUGCUGUGGUACCUCGCCUGGAGUGGUGAGCAAUACAAUGACCAACCAGCAAAUGAUGUAUGUACAGCCUCAAUACCUGUACCCAGGGGCACAGCCUGGUAUGGUUUUAAUGCAGACCGAUGCAGGUGUGGUGCCACAGGGAUACCCAGCAACAGGCCAGCAACCUGUGUAUUUUGCUCGGCAGCCAGGGUUGGUUGCACAGCCUGGGGUGGUUACACAGCCUGGGGUGGUUACACAGCCUGGGGUGGUUACACAGCCUGGGGUGGUUACACAAUCUGGAAUGGUUACGCAGUCUCGAGUGGCUGCACAACCUGGAGUGGCUGCACAGCCUGGAGUGGCUGCACAGCCUGGAGUAGCUUUUCAGCAACCCACUUACUGGGCUGUUCCCUCAGCGUCCAACCCAGCUGGAGCAGUGACUGUGCCUUAUUCAGCUUCUGCUGUCCAAGUGCAGAAUCAAGCUCAGGUUCAGAUACCUGCAGCAGUAAAGGAUGAGGACAGGCCACCACCUUAUUCAUUUGAACAGACAGCUAAUGUACCACCACAAGCUUUCUCUUCCAUGGGUGCCAAUCCAAAUAAUUAGUGUCUGACGUCAUUACAAUAAUGAACAGUGACUUGUACACCAGGAGACCUUUGUUGUGCAAUUGCGGCAUACCUUACAAAAUUUGUGUUUGUGAGUUCUUGUAGUAUAUAUGUUAUAAGGAAUGGUUAGUUGACAGGUCUUCAAAGUGAUUAAUAACUGUUGAUUAAAAAGUGAGUAUUUUGGCCAUAAUAGUACUUACGCUUCAGCUGUAAAUAGACUAUAAAUUCUUUUGUAACUUUUAUUCAUGUUUGUAGCGCAGGCUCUAUAGGGCUUAAAAUAACAUCUACAUCUAAGACUAUAGCUAAGGCUUAGUAGCCUGAAAAUAGCAUUGUAACCAUAACAAGCAGGUGCAAAAUUAUAUUCUAAAGUAAUAAAGGAGGUCAGAUGUGCUAUUUUUUUCAUUUAAAUUGUUUGAAAUACUUUCUUAAAGGAGUAAAUGUAGUUCAGUUUUAAACAUAUUCCCCAAUUUAGUGGACCAUCAUCUCAUAAUAUGCAUAUGCACGAAAGGCUAUAUAUUUGGUCCAGUUAUUCUUAAUAGAUUCAAUGUUUUGAGGUAAAAUCACUCCCUCAUAAUUCAGGACAGAAGUAAUUCUUCCAAAAUGAUUAACACUGGUAAAUGAAAUCUGGGGAACCUGUUUCUUUUACAUAUGUAUUGUUUACCUGUGCUUAACCUGCAAAGCUGUUAAUUUAGCACAGUUGCUCAUUAUGUGUAUCGUAGGACUCUUUCAUCGUUGUUCGAUUAAAAUACAACAUCUAGCACUGA